CUCUGGCGUGGACAUGUUUAGCUCUAGCGUGGACAGAUCCAGCUCUGCUCUGAGUCCGGUGUCGCCUCCCCUUAACGGUCACUAGUGGCUCUGUCACAGCUUCUGUCGCAUUUUGAUCUGCACUGAACGCGAGGGUCGUAGGAAGGACUCAGGGACACCCAGGAAACAGAAAUGAUCCACCCUGAUGGAAGCUAACAUCCUAUUGACCAGGCAGCUCUUCCACCAGUCGUCUGCUGCAGCUCUCUCUGCCUCUCCGUGCUCCAGCAAAGACCCAGACUCCCCUCUGCAUUCCCCCAAGCACACCUAACAUCAGAGGUUCAGCUUAAGGAAUUUUACCACAGCCUUCCUGAUAGCACCUUUUGCACCUAGAGAACUUUGACAUGAAAAAGGCUAUACUAUUCCUAAGGAUUCAGUAGCUUUUGAGGAUGUGGCUGUGAACUUCAGUCUGGAGGAGUGGGCCUUACUGCAGCCUGCACAGAAGAAGCUCUACAGAGAUGUGAUGAGGGAAACCUUUAGGAACCUGGCCUCCAUAGGGGGGAGAUGGAAAGAUCCUGACAUUGAAGAUCAAUACAAAAAGCAGGGGAAAAAACUAAGAAGUCAUAUGGUAGAGAAACUCUGUGAAAGUAAAGAGGACAGUCAAUGUGAAGAAAACUUCAACCUUAUUUCAAAUUUCAGUCUGAAGAAGAAACCUACUGGAGCAAAAUUAUAUGAGCUCAGUUCAUGUGGAGAAGCCUUUGUGUAUCAUUCAUCUCUUGAUAGACUCAUUAGAUGUCACUCUGAACAAUAUGAGCAUCUGAAAUAUGGAAAGAAGCCAUAUAAAUGCAAGGUGUGUGAGAAAGCAUUUAGUUAUCUGCAGUGCUUCAAACAACAUGAAAGAAAUCACAAUAGAGAGAGAACCUAUAAAUGUAAGGAAUGUGGAAAAGUCUUCAGUUGUUCAAGUUCACUUCGAUUACAUGAAAGAACGCAUGAUGGAGAGCAACCCUAUGAUUGUAAACAGUGUGGGAAAGCCUUCAGUACUUCUAGUUCUCUUCGAAUGCAUGAAGUAACUCACAGUGUACAGAAACCCUAUGAAUGUAAGGAAUGUAGAAAAGCCUUCAAAUAUUAUCAAAGUUUUCAAACACAUAAACGAAAUCACACUGGAGAGAAACCCCAUGAAUGUAAAAAAUGUAGUAAAGCAUUUAGUUGUGUCAGUUAUCUUCGAAAGCAUGAAAGAACUCACAUUGUAGAAAAACCCUAUGAAUGUAAAAUAUGUCAUAAAGCAUUCAGGUAUCCCAGUUAUCUUCAAGUACAUGAAAGAACUCACACUGAAGAGAAACCCUAUGAAUGUAAAAUAUGUAGUAAAGCAUUCAGCUGUCUCAGUUACCUUCGAAAACAUAAAAGAACUCAUACUGGAGAGAAACCCUAUGAAUGUAAGGAAUGUGGAAAAGCCUUCAGAUGUUAUCAAAGUCUUCAAACACAUGAAAGAAGUCACACUGGAGAGAAACCCUAUCAAUGUAAAAUAUGUAUUAAAGCAUUCAGGUGUCUCAGUGAUCUUCGAAGACAUGAAAGAACUCACACUGCAGAGAAACCCUAUGAAUGUAAAAUAUGUAGUAAAGCAUUUAGAUGCCCUAGUUAUCUUCAAAUACAUGAAAGAAAUCACACAGGAGAGAAACCCUAUGAAUGUAAAACAUGUAGUAAGACAUUCAGGUAUCCUAGUUAUCUUCAAAUACAUGAAAGAACUCACACUACAGAGAAACCCUACGAAUGUAAAAUAUGUAGUAAAACAUUUAGAUGUCCCAGUUAUCUUCGAACACACGAAAGAACUCACACUGGAGAGAAACCCUAUGUGUGUAAAAUAUGUAGUAAAGCGUUCAGGUAUCUCAGUUACCUUCUAAUCCAUGAAAGAACUCACACCGGAGAGAAACCCUAUGAAUGUAAGCAGUGUGGAAAAGCCUUCAGUUAUCACACAAACUUCCGAAGACACCUGACAAUGCACACUGGAGAGAAACCAUAUACAAGUGUAGACUGUGGGAGAGGCUUCAGUUUUUCCCGUUCCUUUCAAACACAUGAAAGGGAUCACUGGAUAAAACCUCUUGAAUGUAAACAGCUUGGCAAAGACUUGAAUUGGCCCUCAUCCUUACAUGUGAAAACUCCCAUGGAGGAGAAAUAAAACAUAUAAGGAAAAUGAGAAUGCUUAACAGAAAUUAAUCCAGCAAACUUUCAACAUGAAAAAGUUCUUUUUGAAGUUGUAAAUACAUUGUUUUUAUUAAACCUCUUAAAGUGCAUUACUGGACCUUGGAUUUCUACUAAUUACCUUCAGAAAUGAAUAUUCAGGUGAGAUAAUUCUGAGAGUUGUCUUUCAACAAUAAGUACAUAAAAUUAAUAGUGCUUUUUUCUUAAAACGUUUAAUAUUUUUCUCCAUUUUGAAACCUGUUAAAUCCAUAGGAUUUAAAAUGUGUUUCUUAUACGCAUUUAGGUUACUUUUUUUAAUAAUGUUUCAUUGUUCUGUGUUAAGGGGUCAUUUUAAAAAGAAGUUUAGUAGUUCGAUUUUCUUAGUGGCCUUGUACCAACCCUUUAUAUUCCUAGCUUAUUUCUCUAUCUCUCUCUUUAUAUAUAUAAAUUCACUGAAGCUUACACUCACCCACACCACACUGUUCAGCAGUUUUUAACCAAAUAUGGCAUGACUCCCAUGGCCCAUCCUCCUUAUUCACCCAAUCUUACCCCUGGUGACUUUUUUUUGUUUGUUUCCCUGGAUGAAGAAAGUCCUCAAAGGGAAACGUUUGCUGAUGUGGAAGAGGUGAAAAAAAAAUGGCAGCUCUAAAAGGCAUCAAAAUCAACUAAUUCAAAAACUGUUUUGAGCAGUGGAAAAAAGAUCUCAAAAGGUGUAUUGCGUCAAUGGAGAGGACUUUGAAGGUGACUGGAGUUUAAACAUCAGAAUAAGUACACAAUUUUUUAUAAAAAAAUUCCAGGUUUUUGGGGUCCCCUUUGUAUUCUGCCUUUUCCUCUGACAAAGCUCCUUUUUGAGGGUGAUGGGUAUAAGAGGGUUUUUUUUUCCAUUUUUAUACUGAUGAAUAUUUAGAAUAAAUUUUAAAUAUGGCAAUUUUAUUAAAUUCUCGUGUGAAUAUUCUUUUUACAUUUUUCCUUUGCUUUUUGUUUUUCCUUCUGACUGUUGUUUGGUGAAUUCACUUUGAUUUAAGAAGAGGGAUCUGUAAUAGGGCAACAAAAUCUUAGGUUGGAAGUGUAGGUAAUGUUAGGAACUUGGUUUUCCAGAAUCCAUCUCCUUUAUGGUUUUAUGUUAGAAUUCAUUAAUAGCCUCACUUGCAUUAAAUUUGGAAAGCAAGACAAAAAAGGGCAUUAGUCAGAUUUUAGAGCCACCAUUUGGACAGAUAGGUACAUAGGCGCUUCAAGGACUCCAUCUUCCAGCCCAUUUUUUUGGAUUCUUUGAUUGUUGAUCAAGACUAUCAUCAAAACCUUCACCAACUGUCCGAUAUCCAUUUUCUGAGAGGUGUAGCUUUCUACCGAUAUCUUCAGAACAUCCACUUCAAAGAUCCCUCAGUUUGGAUUUUUCUGUAAGCCCUCUUAUGUCCACCAGAAAACUGAGUCAGACUUCCUACUCCUGUCUGUAAGAUCUAAUCCGUAUAGGAAACACCUUAUGCUAUGAACAGUGCUGUCCAGUGGACUUUCCUGACUCACCAUGACGUUUACAGUGUUGCCGCCUCUGCUGCGUGUGCAGUGGCUGCCUCGACCCGCCCCUCCAUGUGAGAUCCAGCACCUCCCUCCUGUGGGGAGGCUGUGCGUGUUUCCUCUUCCUUGUAGCUGCGUGUAAUCCCUCAGUGUGUUUUCAGUUAUGUUUGAUUGUAUGUGACCAAAACUAUGUGCACUUUUUGUUAAAUGAACACUUCUGUAGGUUUUUAAUAAAAAUACUAACUUUUC